UAGAGGAGGAGAUGGAGAAGAAAAGAAAGUGAAGUGGAGUGAGAGGGAGGGAAGAGGAGGAAGAGUGUGGUAAGUGCAUAAUAGGUGUGUGAGGUUGUAAGAAGCAAGAUAAGAUAACGCAAAAUAAGUAAGAUAAACAGUAGGGUAAAUGGAAAUCAUGGCAGACUAAACAACACGUGAGUGAGAACAUAUUUUGUAAGCUAUAUAAACACAGCACUGGACAUACCUUCAUACCACUCAUAUCAAGAAGAGCAUACGGUUAACUGCUGUUCACUGUGUACCUUGUUUACCAGUAGAGUGAAAGAAAUGAAGCUUCUUCUAGCUCUGUGUGUGCUGCUCCCAGUAGCGGUGCAGUCUCUCAUGUUCCAGCCUCUGGACUGCGCUGAUAUCUACAAUGACGGCUCUGGGAGAAGUGGGGUCUACAGGAUCUACCCAGCAGGACACGACUCUGGACGCUAUGUCUACUGUGACAUGGACACGGAGGGAGGAAAAUGGACCGUGUUUCAGAGGAGGAUGGACGGCACAGUGAACUUCUAUAGAGGAUGGGAGCAGUACAAGAAUGGCUUUGGACAUGCAGCUGGAGAAUACUGGCUGGGGCUCGAGACCCUCAAUAAGCUGACUCUGAGGAAGAACUAUGAGCUGAGGGUGGACAUGGAGGACUUCGAUGGGGUUAAAGUUUAUGCCAACUACACCUCCUUCUCCAUCUCUCCAACAGCCAUUGAUGCUGAAGCGGAUGGAUACAGACUGCAUGUCAGUGGCUUCAGGGACGGUGGAGCAGGUGAUUCUUUAGCCUAUCACAAUGGGUACAAGUUCUCCACCUUUGAUAAAGACCAGGAUUCUGCAGGAGGCAACUGUGCAGCAGCACGCCUGGGAGGAUUUUGGUUUAAUAAUUGUCAGUAUGCUAAUCCAAAUGGUAUAUACUUGUGGGGAGAAGCCAAUGACAGAGGUAUCCACUGGUACUACUGGAAAAGAAACUACUACUCCUUAAAAUCAAUCUCUAUGAAAAUGAGACCUGUAUCCCGACGACGUAGUGCAGAGUAGCUGUUAACCUGAUCAGGAAGAACAGCUGAGGAAAAUAGUAACUGUAAACUAUAGACUGUUAUAACUUUUAAUAAUUUGUUUAUUACAAAUUCAUUUGUUUAAGAGCUGCUUCCUUUAGGUAAUAGCACUUUGUGCAAAUGUGUAAACUUAACUGCCCCAUUCUGCCUGUGAGAACUAAAGUCAAAAUUACACUUUUAUCUAUUUUUUAUAUAUUAAUAAAAGAAAUGAAACUGUCAAUUGAGUGAAGGAAAUAUCUUUUUUAUAUGAAAUGUGCAUUGUAAGCUCAUUAAAACGUUCUUACAAUA